UAAAGCUAACCCUAUCUUCACGUAUGGUUGGCUGCACCCUAUCUUCACGUUUACAUCGGGAUUGCAUUAUUGGAAGUAACUCCUAAAAAGCAUCUUUACAUAUAGAAGAACUUUUGUUUUCCAUCCACCGCUAAGAAGAUUAAUUCCACCAACGAGAGAGAGAGAGAGAAGCGGAGAAACAAAAACAGAACCAUGGCUGAAGGCGUUGUUACAGUUGUGGCUGAAGGGAUCAAGCCCCUUGGAGAGUUCAUCAUUCAGCAAGCGAAAUUCUUGGGUGGAGUCAGCAAUCAAAUUGAGCUUGCGCAGAACGAGCUACACGUGAUCCGGGGAUUUCUAAAAGAUGCAGAUACGAGGCAACAAGAUGAAGAACGCGUACGCAAUUGUGUUGAACUUAUCAGAGAUGCUGCUUAUGACUUGGAGGAUGUCAUUGAAUCUUUUUACUUGAAAGUGGCUUCCAGGAGGAGAGGAGGUACUGAGAAGAGGAUUGUUCUCAAAAGGUUUGCCUGCAUCUUUAAUGAAGGACUUAAUCGAUACAAGAUUGGGUCCGAAAUUGAGCAUAUUAUGGCCAAACUUUCUCGUCUGAGGUCGAAUUUGGAGACUUAUAACAUAAGACAAAUAAGUGGGGGUGAAAGUGUGGCUUCAGGUUUCAAGAGGCAACCAGAUAGGAGGCGAACUUACGCUCAUGAAGUUGAAAGUCAUAUUGUUGGGUUGGAGGAAAUUACGGGAACACUGGUGAAAAAGUUGGUGAAAGAAGGAAAGCGUCACCUAGUUAUUUCUAUUUGGGGGAUGGGCGGCUCAGGAAAAACCACUCUUGCAAAACAGGUUUUUCGUCAAAAUGAAAUUAAGCGUCAUUUUGAUUGUUUUGCUUGGGUCUCUAUAUCUCAACAAUGGGAAGGAAAGGUUGUAUUGGAAGAGAUUUUAAUCAAACUCACUUCCCCAUCAAUAGAGAAAAGGAAAGAAAUAUCCAAAAUGAAAAUGGAUGAAAUAGCAGAGGAGGUCUAUAGUAUCCAACGAGAAGAGAGAUGUUUGGUGGUCCUUGAUGACAUAUGGACUCAAGAGGCUUGGAAUUCGAUAAAAGCUGGAUUCCCAAUCAAUGAGGAAACAGAGAGCCGGAUAUUACUCACUACUCGCAAGAAAGAAGUCGCCUUGCUUGCAUCCAGAAAUGAUCAUCUCCACCAACCUCAGCAACUAGAUGACAACCAGUGCUGGGAACUGUUUGAAAAGAUAGCCAUAUGUGGAAGCGACAAAACAGACUUCGAAAUUGAUGCAGAGAAGAGAAAAUUAGGAGAGGAGAUGCUUAAACAUUGUUCAGGUCUACCAUUAGCCAUCACUGUGCUCGCUGGUCUUCUUAGUAGACGAGAGACGGUUGAUGAAUGGAAGACGGUACUUGGAAAUGUUAAUGUAUACAUAAUGAGAGGCACAAAUGUCCCUGAAAGAGAAAAGACAAGUCAGGAGUGUGGUGUUUCAGGUGUCUUGGCAUUGAGUUAUGAUGACUUACCAUCUCACUUGAAACUCUGCUUUCUGUAUUUAGCCCAAUAUCCUGAGGAUCAUGAGAUACAGGUAACAAGAUUGACUCAAUUAUGGAUUGCAGAAGGGUUUAUACCUUCAACAUCAGAAAUACAUGGUUCAAUUGAAUUAAUGGAAGAUGUAUCAUAUGGUUGCCUAACUGAACUGGUGCAAAGAUCUAUGGUUCAAGUUGGAAUAUAUGGUUCUAGUGGGAAGGUGAAACGUUUCCGUCUCCAUGAUCUUAUGCGGGACUUGUGCUUGCAAAAGGCAAAAGAGGAGAACUUUCUCGGUAUUGUUAACUCUUCUUUGGGUCUGGGAUCUAAUGCAGCGCUGAUCGGUAAGGUUCGAAGACUUGCCCUCUAUUUGGACGAAAAUGAGGAUGGAAGAGAUGGCCACAUCAGAUCUCUAUUAUACUUUGGCCUAGGAGAGAUCAACCAAAAGUGGAACAAAAGAAUAAUACGAUCAGUAUUCAAUGACUUCAAAUUGCUUAGAGUUCUUCAGUUUGAAAAUAUAUUUAGAGAUUUUGACUUGCCAAAGACGAUUGGGAAUCUAGUCCACCUGAGGUUUCUGAGUCUGAAGAAUAGUGAAUUUCGUGCCUUGCCAUCAUCUGUAUCUAAUCUGGUACUCUUGCAAACUCUAGAUCUGCGGGGUAUAGGAACUAUACGUACCAAAAUCAGAAAUGUGUUUUGGAAUUUGGAGCAACUGAGGCAUUUGUAUUUACCAGUGUAUAGUGACAUUGGAAAACUGUCAUUUGCAAGGCUGUGCAAUUUGCAGACGUUGGUCAAUGUUAGAAUUGAGGAAUGUGAUUGGAAUGAUCUUGUUCAAUUAAGCAAUCUGAAGAAACUACGCAUAAGGGCAUCAGAGACUAGUGAGUUGGAAAAGCUGAAGGACAUGUUGAUAUCAAGGAAUAGAACAUAUAAACAUCUUCGGUCUCUAUCUCUGCAGGUAAACCGACCGUUUGCUGGGGAUAUUAUACCAAGUGAUAUAGUAUUAAGGUGUCCUCAUUUAUACAAGCUGCAACUGGAGGGGAAAAUUACAGCGUUCCCGAAAGAGCUCCCAAACCUCGCCAAGUUAACGCUGUUUGGAACAAGACUGAAGGGUGACCAGAUUGAAAUACUGGAGACGCUGCCCAACUUAAGGGUGCUUUACCUCGGUUGGCUUUCUUUCGAAUCAGAAACAAUGGUUUUCUCCCAAGGAGGCUUUCCUCAUCUGGAAUUUCUUAACCUUGGAACUUUGGAGGAUUUGAAGGAGUGGAGGGUGGAGAAAGAAGCCAUGCCUAGUCUUCAGAGAUUGCGCAUUGAAAGGUGCCGAGAAUUGCGGGCAGUUCCAGAUGGGCUUCAGGAGAUUACAACCCUCAAGGAAUUAACAAUUGACGGGAUGCCCAGUAGAUUCUGCAGUAGGGGAAGGAGGAGAGGAUUUCUACAAAAUCAAACAUGUGCCUUCUCUUAUAAUCACAAAUAUCGUAACCUGGCUCUAGCUGAAGGAGCCAGCAGGUGCUUCUCAAGUAGUUGCGGGUCCAGCUGGUGACUCUCAUCAGGAAUGAAGUGUGGAUGAUUUAUGUGUUUUUCCCUGAUGAACCAAAAAUAGGGGUCAAGACGAUUCAUAAGUGAGAUGAGAUCAAAGUACUACUUGGAGGUUUUCCAGGAGGCAGAAUUGUUGGUUGAAGAAAAUGUUCUAGUUCCUGAGGAUAAGGAUCUUAAAAAUGAGGAAAAGAAGACAUUGUUGGAGAGAAUAACUGACUCAGGCAAAACCAAAUGUACGCGAAAGUUAAGAAGUGCAAUGCCUUAGGUAGAAGGUUACUGUUAUAGGAGGAGUGCAAGCUAUGCUUCUACAGGUACUCCCAUCGUGCUUGUGUCUGUUUUGCAUAAAACAACAGAAUAUGAAAUUGGUGUAGGGCUAAACACAGAAUAUAGAAUUACUGAUUUAGUUCGGCAUACAUCUAGUUUCCAAUCUGCAGAAUGUAGUUACCUUAGUGAUAUCAGGCUCUUGAUGUUAGGUCGGGCCUAAUAGUCUGUCAAGUUCAGUCUGGAUUGUCUUUGCAGCUCUAGUUGUUCUUCCAAUUAAGUAGUUCAGUUCUUCUUACAGUAGCAUUAUCUCUGUUGAUUUUUUCAAGUGUGAAUCCUUGGCAGCUAGUGUUCUGCAUAAAAUCAAACAUACAAGAGGCUAAUAUAGAUGGGUGUUUGUCUUUUCAGGCUGAAUUGAUUGUCAAAAAAUGACUCAUAUACUGUGUUAUUUAAAAUAAUGGAUUAUGAAAAUUAGAACAGUGAAUCAACAAUCAUUUCAACAUCUCUUCAGAUCUUGUAGUAAUAACAAUGAAAACAGGUCUCUUUUACUGUGAUUUUCAAAUGCAAAUACAACAUCAUUGAUGCAGUGUUUCAAACCAGUUCUCAAUGCUUGAUCCUAGUAAUGUUUUGCUGUACAUGCAUAAUGGUAUUGGACUUCAUAUUGAAUCAACUUUUCUGUUUUUGAUUUUUAUAAUAAAUGAAAAGCCAAAGUAUCACACUCUGCAGUGAUGCAUUCUAUUCAUUAAUUUUUCCAGUUCAAGCAAACAUAUAAACAUAAGGACCAAGAAUGCUUUCCAAAGUAAUAUGAGCAAAAUUUGAAAACUAACAGCAUAUAUGAAAAGGUCAUGGAAGAUUUAAUGCACACUUAUAAAUUAUAGCAAGUUGUUUAUUUAUAGUAUAACUGAAGUAAGUUUAUUUAGUAUAACUGAAGCAAGCAGAGGGUGGUAAAUUUAGGAGAGUUGAAUGCUUCUACCUUAUCAUUCAAGUAAUUUCAGAAUGUCGUAUUCCUGUGAAGCUGUUAUAUAUACUUAUUCUGGUUGUGUU